CCGCUACUUUUCAUCAUCGUGUUAAUUGAUGUAGUAUAUACUGUAUGGCGUUAGGAUUGUUUACGACCUGUGGCCUUUUGCGCUGCGGCAUUGUUAGGACUUGCAGCCCCUAGGCUCCGCUCCACUACUACACGAACUUGUCCAGAUUGCCUAACGAGACUCGAAGGCGUAGUCGUUAUAUUUAUUUAGCUCAUUAGCUGUCCCUUCACGGUACAAGGUUGUACUCAGUCCUGCUCGUCCCACACCCACGCACAACCGUCAGCUGCGUUUACAUACUGGUAGUCCUCUAAAGUCGCCGUGGUCUACCAGCUGCUUAAUGUCGUCAGAAGGCGCCAGUAUGGUCGCUACCCAAGCGGGUGGCAAGAGCCCGAAGAGUAGCCGUUUUGUCAGCACUCUGAAGCGUUUUUUAAAUAUCCUGAAAGCCAAGGAUGACGGGUUGGGGGCUUCCCCGUCCCCGCUUGCCAGCGACGUUCCGAUGAAGACCCCUCGCUUUGCAGCUAUCUCGACGACAAGCUUGGAAAAGAGCAGCAUUGACAGCCUUUCAAGGGGCUCUGCUGGUUAUCUUGGAGCGCUUUCCUUCCGCUUGCCUUUCGGUUCCCAGAAGGCUUACGACCGUCCGCCGCUCGCUCAAGCCACCGGGGCGUCCGCGAGAGGCCGAGCGGCGGCGUUGCAGCACAGCCAUUCCGGUCCAUGUGAUGCCUCGUUGUGCCAGCUGUCAUCCAGCUACGAACACCGGCCCGGACAUCACCCUCCGCAGCCGCCCAAAGGAGCCCAGCUCAGCAGGCAUGCCUCCAUCCUGCCUACCGGUUCUUGGGAGCAGCCCUCAAUGCGCUCUGCGGCCGUCCUGCCGCCUCUGCCACCCAGCCAAGAAGCAGACCGGGAUAGUGGAGCUGCAUCUGCUCCGCAUCCCAGGGCUGCGAAGGGUGCCCCGGAUAAACCCGCCGUCAAGCCGGCGCAGAGCUCCGAGCCAGGCAACCAGGCGGCGCAGCAAGCCGGUUGCCCUGGCGCUUGUGCGGCCCCAGGCCCGGUGCCGGUCCCAGCCCCGACGGCAUCUGCCCCACCAGAGGCCCCAGCAGCCGAGCCGCAGCUCGCCUGCAGGAGCAUGCUGCUGGCCGUGUGUCCGGGCCUCCCAGCAGCCAUGCAGCGGCAGGAUUGGAGCCUGGAGGAUUAUGACGUGUCCUGUCGGAUCUACAAGAGCACUACAGCAGCGGUUUACAAGGCGACAUGUCGGCGCUCUGGCCUGCCUGUCGCCCUCAAGGUUUAUUUCCUCUCGCGUGUUCCAGCCAAUGUGAUACACAUGAUUGUUCGUGAAGUCAAGAUCCACGCGCCACUCGUGCACAAGAACAUCGUGAUGUUGUACGGCGUUUUCCAGGAUGAGAAGCUGUUGGUGUUGGUCCAAGAGUUUGCAGCCCGGGGUGACUUGUUCGGCAUCUACCGCUCCAUGAACCAGCGCAUGAGUGAGGGACAGCUGACGGAGCUGGUGCUGGCGCCCUUCCUCAACGGCCUGGCCUACCUGCAUGCACGCGGGAUCUGCCACAGAGACAUCAAGCCCGAGAACAUCCUGUUCACACAGGACUGGCGCCUCGUGAUUGCGGACUUCGGAGUCAGCAUCGACCUGAACGAGGAGCGGGCGGUCACGCGCGCCGGCACACUGGAGUACAUGGCCCCGGAGGUGGAGCGCUGCCCGCUCAAGGCGCUGCCUGAGGACAACAAGGAGAACGAGUCGCUCGCCUACACGACCGCCGUGGACGUGUGGGCGGUGGGUGUGCUGGCAUACGAGCUGCUGGUGGGCUUCCCGCCCUUCGUGGCGGACCCAGCGGCGACCGCCACCGCGGCGGCCGCAGCAGCAGCACACCACCACCACCACCCCCAGGCCGGCACGGCAGCAGCAGCCGCCUCCUUCCUGGCCGCCAACGCGACGUGCAAGAGCCUGAGCUUCCCCGCCUCCACCUCGUCCGCCGCGCGAGAUUUCAUCCGCCGGGCGCUGGCGGAGAGGCCCGAGGACCGACCCACGGCGCAGCAGCUGCUGCAACACCCGUGGCUGGCGGCAGGGGCAGCGAGUGUGCCGGCGUCCUCGGCUUCUGCUGCAGCAGCACAUCGGGUCCCAGUGCGACGGAGUUCAGGUCAGCUGAGCAGCAACAGCCAGAGUCCUCUCCUGCCCUCGCGCCUGGGCAGCAUAUCCCUGGCAUCCGGAGUCGCUGCUGGCAACAGCAACCUACCGAUCGCGAGCGCCAUCGCGGCUGCCUUACCGGCACAGUAACGUUAUGAGUAAGGAGCUUAUUACGUAAUACUACUGCUACAGUAAUGAAAGCGGUUUCAUUACCUUCUCGAUUAGUAGUAAGUAUCUAAGUUUGGGCGAAGCGAGGUUUUAUUUCUCCCGAGCUCGUAAUCGCCGGUCAAAAUUGGUAACAUCGUGAAUUGAAGGACGAACGAAGUUGCCUUUCGGGCGAAGAAAUACUAGAGGGUAAUUAACGACGCGUCCCGACCGUUCACACGCGCAACGUUUCUGUGCGCUGUGAUACACCUGGCAUUCGAAUGUCAUCGUCUCAUUGAGCCCUGCUGGUGCAUCUUAGGUCAUAUAUUUGCUGAGAAGUGUGCAUUGCAAGCUAUCUAGCCGUCCUACGCCAUUCUGCGUCCCGAACACUUGUCUCGUGGCUAACUGCUGACGCGAAAUGGGCGCUGCCCCCACACAAUGCGCAGCUCAAGCGGUGCAUUGUGUGUCUUAGUACAAAAAUAGGUUUCCACGUAGUCAUUUGAGCGCUGAUUUGCACGUAGUCAUUUGAGCGCUGGUUGUCCAUGGCUGUUUGUUCCGUUGAGCGGUUUCUGUUACAUGUUUUAUGGUUUCUGAAGCCACAGCCAUCAGUCUUGCUUCCACCCUUUUCCGGUCGCUUCUCACUCUGAUUGGCACAGCUUCUUGUCAUGCAAAAGAUCAUGUACAAGCACAAGCCUGUAUCUGAGAUGCGUCUUAUUGGGCUAGGCAUUGGGCCUUCACUCUUGCCUUCCUUUGGAUUGGUACAAUUGAGAAGGAUAAUACCCUGGCUGAAUGGUGUUUGUGCGUAACAUGAGAAGUGAGGAACGAGGGGUACCUGGUAUGCCUUUGUGUGGAUAUGGGGAAUCGAUUGGGAGUACGGCCUGAGAAGUCACACCAUGAUCGUUUGUGGCAGCAUGGCAGCGCCCGAUGUGACCUGCUGAGCAUGAUACGAUCUGCUGUCCUGCGGUGUAUUAUUGUUGUGCAUGCGAAAGUGAUUUCAAAUUAGAGGGAGUCUAGUGCUGUCCUGCGGUGUAUUGUCGCUGUGCAUGCGAAAGUGAUUUCGAAGUCGAAGGGAGUGGAGUAGGUGAUGCGGUGCCGUACUUCUGUGCAGUUUGCCAUGUCUUGCGGCUUAUUGUGGCAUGCAGCCUUUUCGGAGUUUGGUUUUUGCGUGGUUGAAGAUUGCAAAGGGGUUCUUGGAGAGAGAGGGAAAGAGAGGUGCAUGUGCGGAGAAAUCGUCCUGCAUGGCAUACAACAGGUCGGCAGGGAAGAUACGGUAGUGCGGGAGAAUAGAGUCAGACAGAGCAACGGUUAUGGGUGCUAUGCCCAUUUCUGCAUACCGGGGGGUUAUGCAGGUGUGCUUCUUCAAUACUGCUGCCGAUGAAGGGUGACGGGGGC